AUGGAAGCCGCAGCAGGCAAUCCUGAGUCCGCCCAUUCGGCCACGUCUGCGACUUAUGAUUCGGUCGGUGCCAAGACGGCAACUAAGCGCUCAGCACUCAACUGGGGCGACGAGGACUCAACAUGGGUGGCCAAAGUCGCUCAACUGUUCAACGCCAACCAAAGCGUUGUGUUUGCUCGAGACUGGGAAGCGUGCAAGAGAAAGUUCACCUUUCUUAAGGCGCACAAGAAACCAACAGGAGAUCCAAACUGCCCGCCAUUAGUCGCUCGUGCCAAACGACUACAACGAGAGCUGGAUUGUCGUGCUGUGGUGGAGACCAUGGAUGAUAACGGCGAGAUCAGUCAACAUGAAGGCGUUGGUGACGACGAGAUCAGAAUGACUGGUCCUGACGCUAUCGCGCACCACGGCCCCUAUAUGCCGACGAGUACUGUGAGUUCUGUGGAGCAGACUGCCAUGAACGACGAUGAUGUAUCGAACGUUUUUGCCCACGAUGAGGAAGGAUGCGAUGGCGAUGAAGAAUCCCCGGUAACCAAGCGUCCGCGUCGACUAAACCCAAUUCAAGCUGAGCCACCAAAUCGAUCGGGGCUAUCCCACGACACACUUCGCUUGCUGGGAAAGCGCUUGAUUGUGGAUAAGUUUCCAAACCCUCCGCCGUCGCUAUCCUCGUCUGCUUCGUCGAUGUCGAGCGUGCCCAAAAACGGCAAGAAGAGCGGGACGCACGGGAGCAACAACGGGAAGAUGAAUGUCAACGCCUGCGCGAUGAACGGGAAGAACGAGACUAUCAACGUCAAAUUGUUCGAGAAGAGCGCGAGGAGCGCUUACGUCGUGAAGAGCAUGAACGCGAUCAAAAACAACGACGUGAGGACAGCGAGAACAGAGUCCGCCAAGAACAAUUUCAAAUGGCUAUGA